GGUUCAGACUAGAUGACCUCCUGAGGUCUCUUCCAACCCUAAUCUUCCAUGAUGCUAUGAGCCCCCUGCCAGUCAUUGAAUGUCUCACCAGCACUCUUUUUGCUUUGUAACUAAAUUCACUGGUGUGAACAGGCCAUUGCUCUGGUGGAAUCGGCACAGCUGGGCGGAUUUACACCAGAUGGAUAUCUGGCCAGUUGAUUUGUACGUCACGGCUGGGGUGAUUAAAACAAAGCCAUUGUCUCCAUUACACCCCAGCUCUGGGACCAGUUCCCUCCCGCAGCUCCCAGGGCUGUCUCCGCCUCCUUACCAGCCCUCACAGCCCUGUCCCUGUCACUUCUCUGCCACUCACCAUGAUAGCCUUGGUGGGUCCAUCCCCAGCUAUAAGAGCACUCCCCCGCCCCCUGCCAGUUCCCCACCUGGCACCCCUAUUCUCCUUAGGGGCAGCCUGGACACCCAGCAGUCUUUCCUCCCCUCCCCCCAUGACACAGCAGGUGGGGAUGAGGAGACUCCAGGAGACACUGGGGUAACUUUAGGCGUGUGGAUUGUUCCCUCUGGGACCACAAUAUAAAUAGCUGCAGGGCUGGUGGGCCCCGGCCCCGGCUGGCAGCAGGGCCAGGUUCCUCUGGGGCUCGGUGAGCCUCUGUCUGAUUCAUUCGCGCUGGAGGUUUCUGUCUGUUCGGGCAGGAGAGAAGGAAUCUGGCCAGGUCCCUCCUACGUCCCGUUUCUGGCCCCCUGGGAACUCCACGGCGGGGACUACGUUCCCAGUGAUCACUAGAGGGCACUGGCUAGUGUGGGGCGGCGACGGCGACGGCUGCUGCUCCUGCUCUUCUCUGCCUUUAACUCUUUGUUCGCUUAGGAGAUCUGAAAUUUUAACUUCCUGGGUCAUGAUCUUAAACGCUGCUGCUGCCGCCUACAUUGUGAGCCGGGGUUGAGCCGUUGCUACUCCUCAGCUGGGUGAGUCCUUCCCUAGCGCCCCUCUGUGCCCAGCUGGGGGGACUUUCGCCGGGGGCUGAAACCAGCCCCUGAGGCAGCCCCGGGCUCUGCCGACACCAGCCCCUGAGCCGGAGCCUGCAGGCUGCAGAAUAACGGUCCAGAUCCUUUUUCCAUCCCUGUGGGGUAUGGGAUGAAGUGCUUGCAGCAGAGCUCCUGAUGCUUGAGGAAGAGGCUGUGUAAGAGGAACGGUGGGCUCUGCUGGACCUGUGUCAGAGAGCCCUCUACAGGGAUGACAUGCAGGAGAAUUAUGAGACUGUGACCUCACUGGCAGGAUUUCCAAUUUCCAAACCGGAUGUGAUCUCCCAGCUGGAACUAGGGGAGGAGCCUUGGGUCCCCGAUCUCCAGGGCUACAAGAAAAGGGAGAUCCUGAGAGAUACCGACACAGAUGACUGGACAGUGAGUGAGAAGGAGGAGGAGAACUCUCAGCAGGGAUGUCCUGAGCCAGUGGAACCACACGGGGUGGUCUCAGGAAGCGGUGAAGGGAACUUUUCUCAGAGUCCUGAGCAGCGAGAAGCCCAUGAGAGUCAGUGCAGGCCAGAGAAGCAGCAGGGAAACCAGCCAGAGAAGAUACAGUGUAAAUCCUCUCAGAGGAGCAGAGGGAACAAGAAAAUCAAAGAAGCUGUUCGACAGAGAAUUCCCACUAGAGAGGGACCCUAUAUGUGCGGCAACUGUGGGAGAAGCUUCCUUUCGAAAUCCGUUCUCCUUAUUCAUCAGAGAAUCCACACAGGAGAAAAACCCUACAAGUGCCCUGACUGCGAGAAACGCUUCAGCCUGCGUGGAAACCUCAUUGCACAUUACAGAAUCCACACAGGAGAGAAAUUCUACACAUGCACUGACUGCGGGGAAAGCUUCAGUCUCAGCUCAGACCUCACAAAACAUCAGAGAAACUACAUGGGAGAAAAACCCUACACCUGCAGUGAGUGCGGGAAAAGCGUCAGACUCCGCUCCCACCUCAUUGCACAUCAGGGAAUCCAGGGAGAGAGACCCUAUAAGUGUCCCGAGUGUGGGAAAAGCUUCAAACGCAGCUCAUCGGUUAUCAGACAUGAGAGAAUCCACACAGCAGAGAAGCCCUAUAAAUGCCCCGACUGCGGGAAAAGCUUUAGCCGGAGCUGGUACCUUAUUACCCAUCAGAGAAGCCACACAAGAGUGAAGCCCCACACAUGCUCCCUGUGCGGGAAAAGCUUCCGCCAGAGCUCACACCUUAUUUCACACCAGCGAACCCACAUGGGGGAGAGCGCCUAUAAAUGCCCCCAGUGUGAGAAAAGCUUCAAUCAGAAGUGGAACCUUAUUAAACAUCAGAGAACCCACACGGGCGAAAAGCCCCACAAAUGUCCUGAGUGCGGGAAAAGCUUUGGUCAGCGCUCACACCUGGAUUCACACCAGAGGACCCACACAGGCGAAAAACCCUGUGAAUGUCCCAAGUGCGGGAAAAGCUUUGGUUGGCGCUCCAACCUUAUUGCACAUCAGAGAGUCCACACAGGAGAGAGACCGUAUAAAUGCCUGACCUGUGGAAAAAGCUUCCGAUACAGCUCAGACCUCAGUAAACAUCAGAAAAAACACAUGGGAGAGAAACCCUAAAAAUGCAAUGAGGGCACGUCUCAGAGCAGACUUGAAUACAUAUCAGAGAAUCCACACAGGACACAAACCCUAGAGGGGUCCUGGAUGGGGAUGGGCCAUGUGGAUAACACCUUUGCCGAUUCCCAUGAAUCUGAGUGUCAGGCCAGGCUGGAGUGGCCGUGUAACAAGGACAUGUAACAGUUAUUAAAGCAGAGAAUAAAAUCACCUUCCUGGAAGGGAGUCCUGUAGAGCAAGAGACUGAGAUGUUGUGAUGGGAUUUGAUUCUCACUUCUCAAGGAAGCUCUGAGUGUCCCCUCUUCAGCUCCUACAUUUAAGUUUGGUACUAGGAACCUAUAACAAUCUUUAUCUUGUAACUUCUGGUUUAUUCUGUCCGGUGUUUUAUUUAAUGGAAUUGAUACGUACAGGAGCAAUGUUGGACUCAGGUUCAAAACAUCCUAUCCUGGGCUCUGGGCACUGAGUCAAGGCAACGGUUUAAUUGUGAUUUUUCUUGAUUUGAACAAGGAGGAAUGAGGUAGAUCCCAGUUUCUCAAAUGCUCAGAGUCCUUUAUCUGGAGAAGACAAGAGUCUGAAAAUUGAUCUUUGUGGGGUGAAAUGGGGCCUCCAGGAAAGUCUCUUUAAGGGUUUAUUUUAUACUGUACAAUCUAGCAGCUAGAAGAACAGGAGUACUUGUGGCACCUUAGAGACUAACAAAUUUAUCAGAGCAUAAGCUUUUGUGGGCUAAUAAAUUUGUUAGUCUCUAAGGUGCCACAAGUACUCCUGUUCUUUUUGCGGAUACAGACUAACACGGCUGCUACUCUGAAAUCUAGCAGCUGAAAUGACACUUGGAUUCUGCUUUUUAUUCCCAUGUAGUUACUAUGAAUUCACAGAUCUAGAAGGUUUAGCUAGAUGACUGAGUUACUGAUAUCUGCCAGUAGAGUUACAUACAUACACUGUCAUGGGUCUCCAGUUUUCCUUUUCAAUACAUGUAUACACUACAGAGCCCCCGUAAUGAGUAGGUGAACUCCAUGACCUGUUUACUUGUUCCUAUUCCAUGAGAAUGGCCAUACUAGGUCAGACCAAAGGGGCUGACCACAAGGCUGAGUAAUUAUCCCUUGUACAUUUAGAAUCUAGGUCCAUUAAAUGCACUGUUGUUCCAUUGUAA